AUGGGUAUAGAUCAGCACAAGCAAGAGAACAUGUCAUAUGUACAAGACGAACCACUCACGGCUGAACUAAGCCCAACAAGAUCAGUUGAUUCAUUCUUUGCUGAAGAGGAAAGAAUACAGGAAUUGCGAAGGACGAAACAAGGGUCAAGGUUGGAAAGAGCUAGAGAUUUUGCGUAUAUGAUAUACCAUGAUGUGAUACUAUCUUAUUCAGGAUAUUCACUUCUUUUAGUGUCUCAAUUUUUCAACUCCAUAAUGACAGUUACGUGCAAAUUAUUAGUGACGGAUAAAGAGCUUAGCGGAUCACUUCAUCCACUUCAGAUUUUAUUUGCAAGGCUGAUCAUUACCUUUGUUUGCUGUCUUUUAUACAUGUACUCGACUAAAUCUGUUCCGGAUGCUCCAUGGGGUCCGAAACAUUUACGUCGUUUAUUGAUGAUAAGAGGUACUGUGGGUUUCUUGGGAGUUUUUGGGCUUUACUUCUCAUUACAGUAUUUAAGUUUAUCUGAUGCAGUGGCAAUUACGUUUUUGGUACCAAUGGUCACUGCGUUUCUUGCAUAUGUCAUAUUACAUGAACGAUAUUCCGUCGUCGAAGGUGUAUGCUCUUUAUUAUCACUAUUCGGUGUCUUGUUAAUUGCUAAACCUAAAUUUUUAUUUGGUAAGGUAUCCGAUAGUGAAACCUCUGGGGAUGAAUCUAUCGAGAGUUCUUCAACAGAAAAACGGUUAUUGGCUUCAGGCGUAGGAUUAAUUGGGGUACUUGGUGGUUCAUCCGUGUAUAUUAUAUUGAGGAAGAUCGGAAAGCAAGCACAUCCUUUAAUAGCUGUCAGUUAUUUAUCGUUGACUUGUACUAUCAUUUCAAUUAGUUCAAUUAUUGUUUUACCUUCUCUUCAGUUUGUUCUUCCUAAAACUGCAUACCAAUGGUUUUUGUUCGUAUCUAUUGGGAUAUCUGGGUUUUUAAUGCAGUUUGCCCUAACUGCUGGUGUACAGAGAGUCUCUGCGGGCAAAGCUUCUAUGAUGGGAUACACCGGUAUGAUUUUUUCAAUUAUUUGGGAUUUAAUAAUUUGGAGUCAUUUUCCAGGUUUCCUCAGUGUACUUGGAAUCAUCCUCAUUAUCGUAAAUGCAGUCAUGUCUGCUAGAUAUAAACAUUCAGCUCCUCCAUCGGAUGCUGAAAACGCUGAUGUUGCAUCUUCUGAUGUUAAUGAUAAAUUCAACGGUAGCAACCCUAUUUCAAUGGAUGAUUUUGUAAUCUUCGACGAUGAAAGUGUGAGUGAAGAAGAUGGUCAGGAUGAGCAUCAAAAUAAGAAUCAAAAGACCCUCGAGACAACAGGUAGUUGA